AUCAGAGCUAAUUUGAUUUGGUUUGCGUUAGCUUUAACGCUUUGAUGAAGGCUACCAACAACUCUCCUAAUCGCACGGAGAUAGCUGCGUUCGUCGCAGAAAACUUUGCCACGCAGGAUGAACUAGAUAAUUCAACGUUACCGGACUGGAAGGAAAAUCCCACCAUUCUAAAAUUCAUACAGGAUCCUCAGUUUCGCGAAUGGGCGAGACGUUUGAACUACAUCUGGAAAACGCUGGCGAGGAAGAUAAAUGGAGAUUUGGUGGUCAAUCCGCAACGGCACAGUUUAAUUUACGUGAACAAUACUUUCGUUAUUCCCGGAGGGCGAUUUAAAGAGUUUUAUUACUGGGACAGCUAUUGGAUAAUCGAGGGACUGUUGUUAUGUGACAUGCCCGUCACCGUUAAAGGAAUGAUCGAAAAUUUUCUCUCUAUGGUGGAGAGAUACGGUUUCGUACCGAAUGGUGGUAGAGUUUAUUACUUAUCGCGAAGCCAACCGCCCUUGUUGAUACCGAUGGUUGCAAAAUAUUACGAGCGUACGAUGGAUCGUAAAUUUCUGAAGAAAAACAUAGCAAUCCUCGAGACAGAGUUUGAAUAUUGGCAAAACGAAAAGACGGUAGAUGUAAAGAAAGACGGUAAGACCUACAAGAUGGCGCGUUACGUGGUAAACAGUCGCGGGCCUCGACCGGAGAGUUACAAGGAGGAUUACCAGCUGGCGCAGCAACUGCCGGAGCAGGACCAAAGGGCGCUCUACAAUGACUUGAAAGCUGCGGCGGAGAGCGGCUGGGACUUCUCCUACAGAUGGUGCAUACAGGCUAACAGGGACAAGAAUCUCAGCCUCCUCAACGUUUCCACGAGCGACAUCAUACCCGUCGAUUUGAACGCGAUAUUACAGCGGAACGCCAGGAUGCUCGCCUAUUUUCACGGUAUUCUGGGUAACCUGAAGGUAAGCCUUUUGCUUCCGCAUGGAGGAGCGCGUUUCUCAAACAGCGCGCGCGCGCGCGCGCGCGCGCGCGCGCCUGUGGAAACAGUAAGAAAAAACGUAAGAAAACGAUACGCUUGUCUCGUCGUAGGUGGCACGCCAACUUCCGUGAACUAUACCGGCGAACAAUGGGACUUCCCGAACGCGUGGCCACCGUUACAAUCCUUCCUGAUUCUGGGUCUUCACCACACCAAGGUGAAAGAGGCGGUCGCCUUUGCCCGAACAUUGGCCGGCAGAUGGCUUAGAUCGAAUUACCUCGGUUACGACGAAUACGGCAAGAUGUUCGAGAAGUACAAUGCGAUACACCCCGGCGAGGGUGGCAGCGGCGGCGAGUACAACGUUCAGGAGGGCUUUGGAUGGACGAAUGGCAUCGUCUUCGAGUUUCUUCGCCUUUUCCCAGACGCGAAGUCUGUGGACGACACCGUAUUUUACGAUGGCAAUGGUAUCGAAAGAUAAUACAUAUAGACAAUUCGAGUAGCUAAUUGAUUUAGUUCAGAAAUAAACAAUAGUGUUUUCUCAAAAAAGCGAAAAAUAAAUAAAUAAAAUUAAGCGGAUUAAAAAAAACGGAUAAAAAAAAAUAAUAUAAAAUGUUCCGUAUCCGUAUCGAUUUCUUCUAAAUUUGCUUUCCAAUCUUUAAAAUUGCAAAUCCUUUAGAAUAUAUUUUCUUUAUAUUAUUGAGCAGUACAAGUUUUUUUUAUUACUGUUUAUUUCAUCCAAUUCUAUGUAUCUGAUUUAUUUCUUCUGCGAUAUCGUUUGGAGAUACAUAGUAUUUAAUUUUUUUAUUUGUAAAACAUUUAACAAAAAUGUAUGACUCUAUCUUUUAAUAGUAGAAAGAAUCUAUAAAAAUCAAUUGGGAGGAAAUCGCAAAAUAUUUUAAAACAACUUGAUGUUGAGUUAUUAUAUAAAAACAAUUAUGAAACAAUUCGAACUAGUUCUCUAGUUAAAAUUUUAUUUUUAUGAUUUGAUAUAGCAAA